AUGACCAAUAUACCCCUGGUCAGCCCAAUUUCCCAAAAUAACCUUUCUUUUAAGAAAGCGGAUAUUACAGCUAAAGUCAAAGAAAAUCCACCACCAAACCCACAACAAAAACAACAACAACGGGCAGUUCGUGAUUAUUGUAUGUCCAUUGUUAAUGAGAACCUCACGGGAAUUGCUAAUCCGUCCAUUGCCGCUAAUAAAUUUGAGUUGAAGCUAGCAUUGGUAAAUAUGGUGCAACAAAAUCACUUUGGGGGUACGGCUACUGAAGAUCCUAAUAUUCACCAAGCAAUUUUCUUGGAGGUUUGUGCUAUACUGAAGAUGAAUGGUUUUUUUGAUGAUGCCACUAGACUGCGUCUUUUUCCAUGUUCUCUAAAGGAUAGAGCAAGGAGUUUGUUACAAUCUCUACCACCACUCUCCAUUACUACAUGGGAUGAAAUGACAAGAAAAUUUAUAGUGACAACUUGA